GGUAGGCAGGAAACGUCAUUCUUAUCAAUUACCAAGGUUUCUCCACGGCCGAUUGGAGUGAUCAUGUAAAUUCCUUCCCAGUACAAAAUAGAACGUAAUUCCCCGACCCAGUUCCCUCCACAUUCGCCAAAAUUUUCUAAAAAUCGAAUUAUACAAAACAAACAACCUAAGAAAAUGUCUAAGCUCUACAAAACCGUUAUCACUGCGUGCGACAGAUAUGUUCCUAACAGUUUGCGUCCGCUAUGGAAUCACGAAGCUGGACCAAAAACAGUCUUCUUUUGGGCCCCUUUCUUCAAAUGGGGUUUGGUGAUUGCUGGACUAGGUGACCUCACUCGGCCCGUGGAGACCCUUUCCAUCCCCCAAUCUGUAUCCCUGGCCGCCACCGGCCUCAUCUGGUCGCGGUACUCUCUCGUUAUCAUCCCUAAAAACUAUAGCUUGUUCUCUGUUAAUGUGUUCGUGGCCUGCACUAGUUUGUACCAACUCAGUAGGGCUGUGAGGCACGCACAAGAGCAGAAAAAACUUAAGGAAAACUAAUUGACUAAAUAAUUGACUGGAGUUCUAGUUACCGUCUCUCUGUAAUAUUGACAAAUAUGUAGCUCCAACUCCUUUAAAACUGUACUGGGAAUGGAAAUAUAAUAAUUGUUAACGAACAUAUACAUUCGAUUCCGAAUUUAUAACAUCUGGGUACAAAUACUGUUAAUACAGUAAAACCCAGCUAUAUUUUGAUUUUGUAUACCUUACGACGUAACGUUAUACAUACGGGUAUAAAGGGGUAGGUUGCACCAUUCAGUCCUGUCCUAAUGGCCAAAUUUUCUCAUUACAAUAUUGCUCGACCUGUGAUGAAGCCAGUUCAAAUUAUUAGGUUGCACCCCUCUAAGUACAAGGUUUCCCCAACAAAUCCAUAUGUAUUCCAAUUCCUUCAGCUAUGAUGAUUCAUUUCGAGACGAGUCACAUGAUUCAUUUCCCGAAAGUGCAUUCUAAUUUGAACCUUAAGUCGGAAUGCUAAAGUUGAAAUUAUGUGGUCGAUAAAUCGUACUAUAUGCCCGGAAAAGGGUUAUACCAAUGUCGAGAUUCAUUUGAUUCGACAUUCGUGUGACAUGGCUUCCGAUAAAGCUU